AUGACGAAAUCAGUCUAUACGACAGAGCACGGUACUUUGCUAUCACAGAACAGCCCCACGUGGAAACCUGUAUCGCUCGGUAAUGGGCCCAAUAUGAUUUUCGCUGCUUCUGUGGAAGCCAGCACAGAUAAUACAACUGUGAACAUGUCCACCGCUGAGGUGCCCGCAAUAUCGACAUCAAUUGCAAUAGUAGCUACCGGUACAGAAGCAGCAGCAGCAACAGCAACAACAGCUCCGUCCACGACAGCCAUAACAACAGCAAUGACCCCAACAAUGUCGAUUGUAGCCGGUCUGGUCUCGGACUGUUACAAAAGCGAUAGUUUGGUUCCUCCGACAACAACCUUCCUUCCUGACGCCAACCAUAUUUCCACACCCGAUACAACUACCGCAGUGGCUGAUAAAGUUGGGCCAACGAGUACAUGUGAAGACGACAAGUCUGUCGGACUCAAACCGAACACAAUCGCGAGAAUGCAGUCGAAAGAAUGCAACAUAACUAACGUGUUCGUUAACGGUAAGUCAGUAGUUAUAGAAACCACAAAACAUGUUUCCUAG